UGGUUGUAAGAAGAGAAUCGGCCAAUGAAAAUAUUGAACGUAUAUUCUUAUCAACGCCUGGAGAACAAGGUGUCAAUGGUGUGUGCUAGUUGAACGAAUCGAGUGAUGUGAUUCAACGAGCAGCUUAUCGUGACAUGACGGAUUCAACUGAAUUUUUUCUGUAAAAGUAGUGCAUCUGGAUGUUAACAUGGGAACAAUUCCAAUUGUUUUGUUCCUCGUUUGGAUAAACCUAAGGAUGGAGUACGUGCUGACAGCACUACCUCCUGUUAUUCGCAUUGGGGCAAUAUUCACGGAGGACCAGAAGGACACAAGCAUCGAAUAUGCUUUCAAGUAUGCGGUCUACAAAAUCAACAGGGACAGGGAAUUUCUGCCCAAUACUACAUUAGUAUAUGAUAUUCAGUAUGUUCCAAGAGAUGAUAGCUUUCGAACUUCUAAGAAAGCUUGCCGCCAGAUGGAAUUCGGAGUACAGGGAAUAUUCGGUCCGUCUGACCCCGUUUUAGGGGCCCAUAUUCAAAGUAUGUGCGAGGCUUUGGACGUCCCUCACCUGGAAGCCCGAAUAGACUUCGAACCCCACUCGAAAGAACUUUCAAUCAAUCUUCAUCCAUCUCAGGAACAUAUGAAUAAGGCGUUUAAAGACUUGAUGACGUUUUUGAAUUGGACGAAAGUGGCUAUAAUUUACGAGGAAGAUUAUGGUCUAUUCAAACUACAGGACAUGAUGAAAGCCCCGGCCACUGCCAAGAAUGAGAUGUAUAUCAGACAAGCGAGUCCCUCAUCCUAUCGGCAAGUCCUUAGGGAGAUAAGGCAGCGUGAGAUCUUCAAGAUGAUCGUCGACACGAAUCCAAGGAACAUACAGACCUUCUUUAGAGCGAUACUCCAACUUCAGAUGAAUGACUAUAGGUAUCACUACAUGUUCACAACAUUUGAUAUAGAAACAUUCGAUCUUGAAGACUUCAAGUAUAACUCAGUCAACAUAACUGCAUUCCGAAUGGUUGAUGUUGACCAUCCUAAAGUGAAAGACGCCCUUCAAGCCAUGGAACGGUUUCAGCCCAUAGGACAAUCGAUAUUGAAUGGAAGUGGUUUAAUUCAGGCGGAGCCAGCACUGAUGUUCGAUUCUGUUUAUGUUUUCGCAAAAGGACUACAAGCGAUGGAUUCCAGCCAUACUAUAAAACCGAUGAAUUUGUCGUGCGAGACUGAGAGACCAUGGGAUGAUGGACUCACGCUGUAUAAUUACAUAGAUUCGAUAAGCGAUCUACAUGGAUUGACGGGUAACCUUGAGUUCAGCGGUGGUAAAAGGUCGAAUUUCAAAUUGGAUCUUCUGAAGUUGAAGAAAGAAGAAUUAAGGAAAGUUGGAGUUUGGACUCCACAAGGUGGUAUCAAUAUCACCGACUCAAGUGCCUUCUAUGAGAGCUUGGCUCCAAAUAUAACGUUGGUUGUCAUGACAAGAGAGGAGCAACCAUAUGUUAUGGUGAAGGACGAUAAAAAUCUCACGGGUAAUGCAAGAUAUGAAGGAUUUUGUAUAGAUCUACUGAAAUGGAUUGCAAAUCAGGUUGGAUUUCAGUACACUAUCCGACUUGUGCCUGACCAUAUGUACGGAGUGUACGAUCCUGAUACCAAGAAGUGGAAUGGUAUUGUUCGAGAACUCAUGGAAAAACGAGCCGAUUUAGCUGUGGCUUCCAUGACGAUCAACUAUGCGAGGGAAAGUGUGAUCGACUUCACAAAGCCAUUUAUGAAUUUAGGCAUAGGAAUACUUUUCAAGGUGCCCACAAGUCAACCAGCCAGGCUGUUCAGCUUCAUGAAUCCGCUCGCUGUGGAGAUCUGGCUCUACGUUCUGGCGGCCUACGUGCUCGUCUCAUUCACCCUCUUCGUCAUGGCUAGGUUCUCCCCGUACGAGUGGAACAACCCCCAUCCCUGUCAUCAGGACUCGGAUAUAGUGGAGAACCAAUUUUCUGUGUCGAAUAGCUUUUGGUUCAUCACUGGAACGUUUUUGAGACAGGGGUCGGGGCUGAAUCCCAAGGCCACUUCAACACGCAUCGUUGGCGGCAUCUGGUGGUUCUUCACCCUCAUCAUAAUCUCGUCCUACACCGCCAACUUGGCCGCCUUCCUAACAGUGGAGAGAAUGAUAACGCCGAUAGAAAGUGCACAGGAUCUGGCGGAGCAGGCCGAGAUCGCUUAUGGUACGCUGGAGGGCGGUAGCACGAUGACUUUUUUCAGGGAUUCCAAGAUCGGGAUUUACCAAAAAAUGUGGCGGUUCAUGGAGAAUCGCAAGCCUGCUGUAUUCGUCAAAUCUUAUGAAGAGGGAGUCCAGAGAGUCCUGCAGGGAAACUACGCCUUCCUGAUGGAAUCGACCAUGCUCGACUACGCGGUGCAAAGGGACUGCAAUCUCACUCAAAUAGGGGGACUGUUGGACAGCAAAGGAUACGGAAUAGCAACACCGAAAGGGAGUCCUUGGAGGGACAAGAUAUCUCUAGCAAUUUUAGAACUGCAGGAGAAGGGCAUCAUUCAAAUAUUGUACGACAAGUGGUGGAAAAACACUGGGGAUGUGUGUACCCGUGACGAUAAAAGCAAAGAGUCGAAGGCGAAUGCCUUAGGGGUUGAAAAUAUAGGUGGAGUUUUCGUUGUUCUCCUCUGCGGAUUAGCUUUAGCAAUCUUCGUAGCCGUUCUGGAAUUUUGUUGGAACAGUAGGAAGAACGCUCAAAAUGAUAGACAAUCUUUAUGUUCGGAAAUGGCCGAGGAGUUAAGAUUUGCAUUGCGAUGUCAUGGAUCGAGGCAGAGGCCUGCUUUGAGGAGAUCCUGUGCGAGGUGCAGUCCUGCGAGUACCUACGUACCAGCAGCUUUAGAUUUGCCCCAUCUGAACGGGGACGGCGUAGUGCUACCUAUGAGCGAAAUGAAGAAACCCCCGAUAACCUACGAUGACGACACCUAGCGCUUUCUGCCGGUGGGCGGAGGCACCACCACGUUCACCUCGAAUCCCAUCAGGAAUUGCUGCGGCGGAGGUCCUUCGAAUCUGCAGCAGCGUCCUGGGAACAAAUCUGCCACCCUUAAUUACAGAACAGUUCCCUCCUGUCCCAACUUGGCAAAAUCGGCGUCGCUGGGCAGGGACAGUGUUUAUUUCGAGAGCAGAGACAUUCCAGAACACGACAGUGGAUACCGGGAGGCUGUCGAAGGUAGGUGUCUGUACCUGAAAGUGGGCGCCUGCGACAUCGUGAAAAGCGGGAUGACUUGUAACGUCCCGGAUAAUAUCCUGUGGAAGUUUGAUGCCACGGACGAGAGUUCUAAUAGCCCAGAUGUAAUAGCUAGGACAUUGCCGGACGCUAUAAUGAGCACGACCACAUUGUGAUAUAUUUAGUUAUUUCACUAGUGUUUAUAUAUGAUUUAGGUAGUUAAUCUGAUGUAAAACGAAAUGAAAGACAAAGAACUGAAAUUUAUACAAGAUCAUUAUUUGAAUUAUUUCGAAUGUUCAGGGCAUUCCGAUUCGAAAAUGUAAAUUAAAAUGAGUAAUAAAUCAAUUAAAAUCAAAAUUUAUGUCUUUGGAAUAA